UACUGCCAUGAUCUUAGGACUACAACGUGAUGCAUCUUGGGAAAUCUGUGAUCCGAUCUGAACCAUAAAUAGACCGCCUUGUGUCGUUUCAACCGUGUAUUUCGGAAGGACCUAUUGCUUUUGUGCUUUUACAGAUUUUUCAUUUACAUUUUUCAGAUUUUGUUUUCAUCUCAGGUUUUGUUUGGUUUAGGCGGAUAUUUUUUUCCGGGGGCGGGGCCUCCUUUGGAUGCGCCCCUGUGAUGCUGAGGAGAAUGACGUCAGCAGCGGUGCGUCCCUGCCGUGAACAGUCGAUGGUUCUGGUUCGGACACAGACCCGGAUACCCCGCAGCGGACCGUCCAGCCUGACGAUGCGGUGACGCCGCGCGCGGUCCUGUCCCGCGGGCUGAGGCUCGUGAGUACCGCCCACCCCCCGCCCCGCAGCGAGGCCACCGCACAGUCGACCUGAAAGAUGGAGGGGAAUUUCGGUUACUCCAGAGAAUACUUCGACCGCUUCGUGCAGAGCCAAGACUCCUCUGUGGUGAACAAGUUCCAGCAGAAGUACUGGAAGACCAAGCAGACCUUCAUCAGAGUCACGGGGAAGAAGGAGGAUGAGCAUGUGGUGGCGUCGGACGCCAACCUGGACGCCAAGCUGGAGGUCUUCCACUCCAUCCAGAAAACCUGCAUGGAGCUGCUGAAGGUCAUCGAGCAGUACCAGAGGAGGAUCUGUCUUCUGUCCCAGGAGGAGAACGAUCUGGGCCGGUUCCUGCGCUCUCAGGGCUCUCAGGACAAAAGCAGGGCCGGGAAGAUCAUGCAGGCCUCGGGGAAGGCCCUGUGCUUCUCCUCCCAGCAGAGGAUGGCUCUACGGACGCCGCUGUGUCGCCUGUACCAGGAGGUGGAGACCUUCCGCUACCGCGCCAUCUCGGACACGUGGCUGACCGUGAGCCGCAUGGAGCAGUCCCGCACCGAGUAUCGCGGCGCCCUGCUCUGGAUGAAGGACGUGUCCCAGGAGCUGGACCCCGACACGCAGAAGCAGAUGGAGAAGUUCCGUAAGGUUCAAGCCCAGGUCCGCUCCACCAAAGCCAGCUUUGAUAAGCUGAAGAACGACGUGUGUCAGAAGGUGGACCUGCUGGGGGCCAGCCGCUGUAACCUCCUGUCCCACGUUUUGACAACCUACCAGACGACGCUCCUGCACUUCUGGGAGAAGACGUCCCGCAACAUGGCGGCCAUCCACGAGAGCUUCCGACCGUCUGAGCUCCCCCCGCUGAAGGACACACAGGAAGUGACGGGCAGGUCGGCUCAGGAGGAAGCCAGGAAGGAAGGUGAAGCGGGAAGUAAGGAGGAGGAGGAGGCCGCAGACGAGCUACUCUUCUCGCUGUCAAACGGAGAAUCCUGCGACAAGCCUGAACAAGAGGAGGAGGAGAAGGACAACCUGGCCCUCCUAAGCGAAAUCCUGGGUUCUCUGUCCACCGACGAGGACAGCUUCUCCCAGGAGUGGAUGGAGGUUUUUGGAGACGAGGGAGCAAGCUCCGCCUCUUCUGGACCCCCGAAAAGAAGCUUCUUGCCGUCACAGCUGCUGGAUCAGAGUUUGUCCUCCUCGACAGAUUGGAAUGACCUCAUCCCAAAGCCCGUCGCCCAGGCAACCCCGUCAGGAGCCGGUCAGAGCUCUUCAAAAGCUAAAGAAGCAGCGGCGGUGACCACAGACCGCUCGCCGUGGUUCAACCUCUUCGCAGACUUGGACCCGCUCUCCAAUCCAGACGCGGUGGGCAGAGCCAGCGGCGAGCAUGACCUCCACAUGGCGUAGCUCCUUCCCAGCAUCCCUCGGUCAAGCGGUACCUUCUGAACGCAAAUGGCCGUCACUGUGCCGUCGUCUUCCACGCCAGAGGAGGAGCCGCCUCCGUUUAUGUGGAUCGAUGGUUUCAUUAAGACGUCUUCAGAGUACCAUCUUGACCAAUCCCAGCAGCCCAUUAAGUCACCCUUGUGCCAUCUUAGAUGACCCCCCCCCUUCCAUUGACGUGUUCUCCCUACCAUGACAAAGGUGGAUAAAGGUGGAAAGAUUUCAUGUAAUCCAUG